GCUGCCCGGGCUGGAGGUUGUUGCCAUGGCGGCGGGAGCAUCCGACUACGAACCCCUUUUCACCUUCAGAUUCCUGCCUCAGAAAUCCUUCCCGUCCCUCACUGCCCGGGACACCGUCAAUCGGCUCCGGCAGUGGUCCAUGCUGGGCAGGAUCUGCAUCCAGGCCUUUGGGUUUGACCAGAAUUUCCAGGCCUACCGGAAAGAUGAUUUUGUGAUGGCUUUUUUUAGAGAUCCAAAUGUUAUUGCCAAUUUGAAAUUACUUUCGGAGUCCUCUGGACAGUGGAUUACCCUCGGAACAGACGUGAAGAAAAUCGAGGCCAUCACUGUUCCGUGCACACAAGUUUCAAUGUCAUUUUUUGACCGAUUGUAUUCUGAAGAAAUAGUUCGAGAUAGUGGGCAUAUUGUUAAGUGUUUGGAUGAUUUUUAUGAUUGCUUCGUGAUCUCUGAUGAGUUACGAAAAGUUUUACUGUUAGAAGACUCCGAAAAUUAUGAGAUUUUCAGCCAAUUAGAGCGAGAGGAGUUCCUUUAUCGUCUUUUUAAACACCUUUGUCUUGGUGGAGUUCUCUGUCAAUUUGAAGAUAUCUUAGGUCCAUACCUGGAAACGACGAAAUCUAUCUAUAAGGACUUGGUGAGUGUUCAAAAGGAUCGUGAAUCCAAGGGAAUUCAUAUUACCUCUACUAUCUUCAAGGUCUUAGCAUACGAUGCCACCGGCUUAUGCUAUCCUUCAACAAAAAGUCACGAGCAGACAUUUGCCUACCUGAUUGUGGAUCCUCUGAAGCGCCACGUUCAUGUUUUAUACCACUCUUUUGGUGUAGGGAAGGUAUCUGAAGAUUGAUUUUCCAGCAUAGACUCAUCAGCUGCUCUUUACUAUUUCAGGUCUUUGGUUUAUAAUGACAUUUAUAACAUGCUGGCCUCAAAAAGGAAAAAAAUACUUAGCUUUUCAAGUAUCCAUUCUUUUGGGUUGCUAAUGGAGGUUCAGACUCAUAUGCGUCAUGUCCUAUGAUGUCCUAGGAAAGAGCAUGAAAAUUCAAGUUAUUUGGAAUAAAACUAAGCCAUAGUGAAUGUUUCCCUUAAAACUGUAAAUACCUAGUAACUUCUUAUUUACUCUCUGUGUUUUAUUUUUAAAAUGGCUUUACUCAUAUUUUAAUAGGAAGUUGGAUGUUUCAUGAGUGAGCUAUUCGGAUAGAUAUUAAUAUUCUUUAAUUCACUGACAUGCUCAUAUCUGCUUCCUUCUUGGCAUUCUGUUUGUAUCUAUGGGAUACUUAGUCAUUCCUUUUAUGUUUCGCUGUGUAUUGUUUAAAAUUCUUCAAUAAAUGGAUUUGUA